CAUAGGAGCAAUUUGAAAAAAUAAUCUUGAUUUGAUAUUUUAUUUACACAUUGCCUUUUUGACAGGCAUUAAGAUGACUGCGGGUAAACAAAACACACACUGCGGUCAAAAAUUAUGUUAUCAUUCACCUUGUUUUGUUUGAUAUUAAUUGUUGUAUAUAAAACUAAAUAUAAUAAGAAACGUGACUGUAGCGGGACUGUUUUAUGCCUGUACCGCACCUUGAAACAAACUUGAGUAAUAACGUGUGGUUUUGUGAUACUGUUGUCAACCAGUAUAUUAAAAUUAUUGUUUUAUUUUAUCAAUACUAUUAAAAGGGAAUGAGUUUUAAUAAAUCUACCUAUGAAAGUUAUUUUGGACCCUUUUUUUUUUUUUUUUUUUGGUCUUACCUUCUAUAUUAUAACAAUAUGUGACAAGAUAUUUAACCCUAUAUAUGUGCCCGUUUUUUAUUCAAACUACCAGACUGGUUACAUUAUUAUAAUUCUAAACCGUUUAAUGGAUUAGUAAACCAUCGUACCAAAACAAAAUAAAUUAUAAGAGCCACACACUAUUUUUAAACCGUGACAUAUUAUAGUUAUGAAACUAACAGUAGACCUUUGUACCAAAACUAACUUCGAUUAUAUGACCCACCAGCUAUUUCUAAACCUGUAACAUAUUAUACUUAUUAAAUUAAUACGAAAAUUACACUUCAAACAUGAUCUGUAUUAAAGACCUAAGACACUAUAGGUUAUACGAUGAUACCACAUUAUUCAUCACAUCUUUAUCCUGCCAUCAUGCAACUUCUGUUCGUUAAAAUGAAAAACCUUCUUGGAUGUUUCACACUGUCUUUACAUGUCUUCUCUUCCUGAGUGAAAAAGCGCACACAUUAUUCAAUAUCACUUAUUAAAAUAUCAAUAUUGUCUGUAUAAAAAAAACUUAAAACACAAUAGCUUAUACAUACCACAAUAUACAUCAGAUAGUAUUUACAUCUUAUAACAUAAAGAACAAGGCUACUCUCUUUUUAGAGCUCCACGUCAUCAAAUAGGAUAGCGAGAAGCUGCCACGUGUCGAAGCAUCCAAACGCAUCGCGUUGUUUAGUCUGUGGGUUAUAGACGCUUUGUUUGUUGGGCCUUGCCAUUUAGCCCAUGCAAUAUAAGAUUAUACAAAACACAGCGCUUUGAGUUAGGUUUACGGUGGUUGUUUUGUUGCGUCUCCAGCUUAGAUCGUUUCACUCCUUGCGCAUCUGACCUUCCAUCUCCUCCAUCGCAAGACCUCAGAAACUGAACGAGCGUCUUUAAUCCCGUCAUUAAUCUAUCACCCACGAUCUGGAUUCAAUGCGAUAUUUUGAUGUGCGAUGCGUUUGAGACGACUAUAAGAAGGUAUCUUUCGUUCUUCUCAGAUACUACAUCACUUCCGUUCUACAUUCUUCUCGGAAAAAAGUGCUAUGGCUAACGUUUUGGUUCUCCUAUCCGAUCUCCAUUCCGGUCGCUCUUCCUCCGCCGUCGAAGUCGGCUUGCUCCGCUUCUGGGAGGCCAGAAACGUCCGCCGUAGUGGAGAACUCAUGGGCGUCGACAUGCUCUUACUCGACUCGCAGGUUAGGUUUUACAUCCGCCAUUGGUUUUGAUUAUCCGAUUGAAUCUGUACGCGUAGCCGCCGUCUUGAAUCCAUAUUAAAAGCACGCCGAUCAAAUCUUUGGUUCUUGCUGAUGCUCAUAAUAUAUUUAAUUAAUUGGUUCACAACUUCACUGCCUUGAGUUUACAUUUGUCGGAAUUAUUGAUGGAAGAUUUCGUAGAUAAUUAUAUAAGGUUUGUCAGUUUCUUCACGUUGGCUUUUGUUGAUAAUUUUAUAAGAUCUUAUAACAUAAAGAACAAGGCUACUCUCUUUUUAGAGCUCCACGUCAUCAAAUAGGAGAGCGAGAAGCUGCCACGUGUCGAAGCAUCCAAACGCAUCGCGUUGUUUAGUCUGUGGGUUAUAGACGCUUUGUUUGUUGGGCCUUGCCAUUUAGCCCAUGCAAUAUAAGAUUAUACAAAACACAGCGCUUUGAGUUAGGUUUACGGUGGUUGUUUUGUUGCGUCUCCAGCUUAGAUCGUUUCACUCCUUGCGCAUCUGACCUUCCAUCUCCUCCAUCGCAAGACCUCAGAAACUGAACGAGCGUCUUUAAUCCCGUCAUUAAUCUAUCACCCACGAUCUGGAUUCAAUGCGAUAUUUUGAUGUGCGAUGCGUUUGAGACGACUAUAAGAAGGUAUCUUUCGUUCUUCUCAGAUACUACAUCACUUCCGUUCUACAUUCUUCUCGGAAAAAAGUGCUAUGGCUAACGUUUUGGUUCUCCUAUCCGAUCUCCAUUCCGGUCGCUCUUCCUCCGCCGUCGAAGUCCGCUUGCUCCGCUUCUGGGAGGCCAGAAACGUCCGCCGUAGUGGAGAACUCAUGGGCGUCGACAUGCUCUUACUCGACUCGCAGUCAACCAUGAUGCCGGCUACAGUUAAUGUUAACCGUCUCGCAACACACCUGACUAAUCUUGAAGAGGGUUCGGUCUACUCUCUUACAGGUUUUGAAGUCACACAUUGUAACCAGAAUUAUCGCCUGUCAGACUCUUCUCUACUAAUCCGGUUUACCGACUCCACCUCUUUCAAGAAGGUCACCGAACCAGCCGUUCCAAUACCUCUUGAAUCAUUCCGGUUCCGUAACUACAGUGAAAUGCUUGGUCUUGCUAAUUCCAACAAUCAAUUACCGGAUCUUAUUGGCGAGAUUACUGCUGUCAAGAGUACGGUAACUGACCCUCCUCAGGAUAAGAAUCGUGUCAUGGCGACCAUUAGGAUGGACAAUGACACGUCUGUGACUAUGAGCCUCUUUGACGCUCAGGCUGUUAAGAUUCAUAAUCAGCUAGAACAGAUAGGAGUGGAUCCAAGGGUUGUUGUUGCAACCAGUGUGAACCCAAAGAUUGUGGGAGGGCGUCUGUUUUUGAACGCCACAUCCGGCACACACAUCUAUUUCGACAAGCAAACAGAUGCAGGGGAACGAUUGUUUUACAGGUUGGUUGAGCGAGACACUGGACUCCCGCCAGUAGCUCCGCUGCUAAAGAGUUAUGCUAAGGUGGAGAAGCUGAGUAUAUCUGAGCUCAAUGAUUUUGUCGUCACUGCUACGUCUCAGGAAAUUGAUUUCAUUUGCGCCGGAAAGGUGACUGGAGUGAAAUUGGACAAGGGGUGGUGCUAUGUUUCCUGUUCAAAAUGUUUCAAGAAACUCCAACGGUCUGUCUCAUCUCUCACGUGUAUGUCUUGCAACAACACCAGUGCAGUUGGUGUUCUUCGAUACCGUGUGGAGAUGUCAAUCGCAGACGAGACUGGUGAAGGUUUGUUUGUUGCGUUUGAUGGAGUUAUUGCGAAGCUCCAUAACAUGAGGGCCCAUGAAGCUGCCAACCUCUUGGCCGGUGAUGAUGUCAACCCCGAAGAAACUGAUGCUCCUCCGUUUGUUCGAGACAUGGAGGGAAAGUCAUACACGUUCCAGGUGAAGGUGGGCCCAUACAAUUUCACAGCAAAUCAUCAAAGCUUCACCAUCUCACGUAUUCUCGGGGAGGGUGAACGUGCGCCACAGCCUGAGUUUGUUGAAGAUGGUGGUGACGAUGACAAUGGAGAUGACAACGACGGUGCUGGCUUGGUGAGACGUAAGAUGAAGGAUGGUGGAUGUAGCAAGUCCGCAGGGCCAUCUGCUAAGUCUAAGAAGGCACGGAAGGCAUAAGUGGGAAGGCAGAUACCCCUUCUCAAUAAUAAUAAAGUUUUUGCUUUUUUUUCAAUAGACAAUUAUGCAUUUGGUGUUUCUCCUUUGGUGUUUUUAUCUUUGUUGACAAUUGCGUUUUCUUUAUGAACAAGUAUGCAUUUGGUAUUUCCCUA